AUGGAGAAGAAGGCUCUGGUCCCUGCCAGGCUGAGCAUAUCCAACCUGCCGCUGGCCUCGGAGCUGCCGGGGCCGUCGUCGGCAGGGGUUUACCAACAAGUCACCAACCUCCUGAACAUCGUGGAUGAAGAUGACCAGGAGAGCAAUGGUCUGAGCAGCCAGGAGGGUCACGGGUCCAGGAUGCGCAAGGCGCUGGCCAGCAUGAUCAUCAUUCAGAAGGCCAACGCAGAGCCCUCAGAGGUCAUGACCGCGCUCAUCCAUAGCCUGCAGCUGGAGGAGAUCUCCAUUAAGCGGAAGGUCAGCAUCUACACCAUUCUCCAGGGGAUCAUCCAGCAGGAAGGGGAGCUUGAUGAGGAGUGUGUGCAGACUCUGGUGAACCUCGCCUCCAAGGAAAUGCGGGAGAUCCAAGAGAUCGAGGGCUACUUACUGGCAGAGACGGCCAGUGACACGUUGGUGGCUCUGUCCCGAAACCACUUUAACCUUGUCAUGUACGAGCUGCAACACCAUCUCAAACCCCUGAUCCUGACCGAUGAGUUCGUCCUCAUCACGUUAGCCAAUCUGGCCAAUGCCAAUGUAUUUGAGUUUAUGCCCUACAUGGGGAUCACACUAGCCACCAUCUUCACUAUGCUGAGACUGGCCAACGGGGCCAAGAUGCGCCAGGUGUUCUGCAGUGCUAUGGAAACGUUUUGUGAGGCGAUUCAGUUUUACUUAAAGCACUGGGAGGACAGUGUGUACCCCAUCAUGACUGGAGAGCACUUCAUGAAUAAGCUUUUGCCCAUGUACCGACAUUUUGUUACUGUGUGGCUCCGGAGUGAGAACACCGAGGUCAAGCUGGCUGUGAUCAAAUCCCUUCGUCCCAUGCUUAGCCUCCUUCUUCCCAUCGAGGAGCUGCGGGAGCAGGUGUAUGACUACAUUCCCUUGCUCUUGGCAGAGUACCAGGGGAGUGUGGAGGCCCUCUUCAUCACCCAGAUCCUGAGGCAGAUCCUGGAGGUCUCUGUCUCCAGCAAUACGCCAGUCCCCAAAAUGCAGCUGCACACCAUCUUUACUGAGCUGCACACCCAGGUCUGUUCCAAGGCCCCCGCCCUCCAGCAGUUCAGCAGUGAGAAUCUGGCUGAGGUUGUCCAAUGCUUCAUUGCUCUGGCCCGCUCCUACCCUGAUGAGCUGAUGAAAUUCUUCCGUAACCAAAUGCAGACAGGGAAGGAGGCCAUCCGUGUAGGGACCCUGACCCUGCUCCGGGCAGUCCUCAGUGCUGAUGUGCCUGAGAUGAACAGCAGGACCCUGCACUUCGCAGUCAAGGUGGUUAGAAAUGCUCUCUGUGACCCCCGAGCUAAGGUAAAGCUGGCCAUUCUCCGGGUCAUCGGCCAGCUGGCCAUCUCUGGCUACCAGGAAAGGGUCAGAGGCUGGGGCCUCCGAUAUGUUUCCCUGCAGCUUAUUUUAUCGACCUACAAACUGAUGAAUCGUCAGGAGAGCUGCUCUCAGGCCGAUCUGGAAGAGAAGAUGGUGCACAAGGUGACCAUGGAUACUGUGAGGAUCAUUACGGCCUCUGUCAGCGGGGUGAUCAAUGAAUUUUGGCUGAAACUCUUGGGUUACAUCAUGGAGACAGAAUACACGGAAGCCCUCACUCCCAUUUGCAUCAGCCUGACCAACCUGGCCGAGCGUCAGCGCCAGCAAAAAGAAUCCAAAGCGAAUGUGGGCAGGAGCGGACAAGUGGAACUCCCUGCUCCUCAGAAGCUGCUGGCCCGGCUCCUGGUGCUUCUCUCAGCCCCUUACAAGGGGGAGGGCCGUGGCGUGGCCAUGCUCCAACUGCUUAAGACCCUGCACCAGAAUAUUGCCCCUGCCAUGGCGGACCUAUGGGAAGUUGAGAUUCCUGCCCUGAUUCAGUACCUGGAAGAGCACACACAGUAUACCUGGAACCAAAAGACCUGGGAAGACAAGCUGAUUCAGUUUCUAAGAAACUCCCUCAAGAGAACCCAGGGAACCACGUGGAGCCUGCGCCUGAGCCGGGAGCUGAACCACCAGAUCGUCAGCUACGAGAGCCCCUCGGUGGAGAAGGCCUUCCUCUACCGGGCGCUGGGCUUCACACUGGCCGCAGGGCAGGAAGCUGACAAGGUAGAGACCCAGCUCAUGGAGCUGCUGCACAAGACCGAUUAUGGCAACGAUUUUGACCGUGAGGGAGCCAUUCUUUGCCUGGGACUCUGCGCCAGGGGUCAAGUGGUCACUGUGCUUCACGUGCUCCAAGAGUUUGAAGAGAAAAUCCAAGAGACAGAGGACUCCUGGCACAUCAGUGCUUGGAGGAGUGACCACCCCUGGAGGAGGGAGGUGGUGAAGAGUGCCCUCAUGGUGAUGUACAGCAGUGUGGCUGCCCACUGCCACCCCAGGAUGCUGCUGUCCCGUGUGGAGAAGGACAUCACCAAGAAGAUCCUGCAUCACUAUGCCACCAGCUGCCAGGAUGUCUCUCUGAAGCUGGCCUUUGUCCAGAGUGUCAUCCAGAUCUGUCUGGCCAUCCAGGCCUUGGGCAAGGUAGACUUUGACUACACCUACAAAGCAGAGCUCACAGCUAACCUCAUGGUGAUCCUCAAGAUGGAGCCGCUGGACUCCCUGGUGUCUCCUGUGCGCUGCCUGACGAUGACGGCGCUCUGGCACCUCAGCAAAUUGAGGCCUCCUUUCACCCUUGAGGAAAACCACGAACUGAUGGACAGGAGCGUCCAGUGUGUGUUUCCUCUCCCUCCUCCAGAAGAGGACAGUGAACAGGUCAAGAUGUUGUAUGAGAACUCCAUGAGUGCCCUGAUGAGGCUGAUGCAGAGCCUUCUGGAAAGAGAGCUGGACCCCAAGGGCCUCCAAGAGACGUUCCAUCUCCUUGAGAAAUGGCUACAUUCAGAGAAGGACUGGGAGCGAGAGAGAGCGGUCAUGCUGAGCCUUCAUCUCCUGCAGGUCUACAGGGAGGGCGUCACCAUCCUGAUACCCUUGAAAUCUGGCCAGUUUGGCACUCUGAUUGGACUCCUGGCUCCACAUACCUGUGACUCCCAAGUGAGGACCCGGCAGUGCACUAUCGAUGUCAUCUGCUGCCUUUUAGACCUCCAUGCAGCCCGGCCCUGGUCCAUACAGGACACGGUGACGGAGAAGCUGCUCCUGGACAUCAAAGACGAGCUGAAGACGACCGACGGGGAGAAGAUUUACGCCCUGUCCUCCAGGGUGGCCAAGGUCAUCAGCAAGGACGUGCGGUGGGAAGAGCUCCUCAUCCUUCUCCAGAGCGCCUGCGAGAGCCUGGGGGCCACCAACCUGGCCCACGACAAGGCCGCCGUCACCUGGCUCAGCACCGUCCUCAGGCUGCGGGGGCACGAGCUGGAAGACAAGGUGCCCGAGAUCUUGAGCACCAUCUUGGCACACCUGCCCUCCGUGCUGCACCCAGACGUGCGGCGCCCCCUGGUGGAAGCCGUCCUCUUGCUGGCUCACUCCUACCAGGAGACAGUCAUCACUUCCCUGCUGAGGCAGCCGCUGCCUCUGGACAGCAACAUCACCGAGCUGUGGGAAGCGCUGGCAGAAGAUUCUACCUUGGCUCGGAAGAUCCUCCAUGCCCUGAUGGCGAGAAUACAGGCCAAGAAAGCGCCCAGGAGCAGCCCCACCUCCAAGAAGGACAUCUGGCGCCUGGCUGCUGUGGACCCCAUCACGGCGGUGUGUGCCCUCCACAAGAUGACCAUGGCGCUGGACAGCGGGGAGAAGCUGCAGGACAUCUUUCCCGAGCUGUCCUGCACGGUCCUCCAGGAACUGAGCAGCAGCGCCGGGCUCUGGCAGAGCUCUCUGGUCCCAGACAAUUGGGCUGUGAUCCAGACUGGAAACCUGCAGAACAAGAUUACGCCCCGCAGGUACCACCCCCUGGCCCAGGCUACCAGCCUUGGGUGGAGAGGCCUUUCAUUGGCGUCUUCGACCCAAGUCUGGUCCAUGACAAGUGUGGGCAGCUCCUCCCCUGGGGGCUCCCGCCAAGAGCAAGACGUUCUGCCCUUCAUCAGGCUGUCAGGCGAUCAGUCAUCUCAGACCUUCCUCCCCAUCGCAUGCUCUUCCAUCGAGGGGCCGGCCUCCUGGCUGUCCAAUGAGCAAGACCCCCCACCUCUGGGCUCCCUCCUCUGCUCUGCUCUGGCCACUGGGCUCCCUGGCCUCCUGCUCACGGUCCAGACCCUGCAGGGGGUGCUGAGCCGAGCUGGGAGUGAGCAGAUGAUGUUCAGCCUGGAGGACCAGGGGGUGUGGAGCCUCCUGGAGGACCCCAGGACUCACAUGGAUGGAGUGUGUCUCCUGGCCAGAACCAUGAUCCUGCACGUUGGCUCCUACAGCCAGAGGUUCGCGCAGUUGCUGCUGCCGGGCUUGGACUCAGAAUUCCUCUCCUGGCGUCUCAGCAGCACGGCCUUCUUCAUAGAACUCAUGUGUGACCCAGUGCUCUACAGAAAGAAGUUGCUCAAGUCCACCGUUCCCAAGUUGGCCAAGGGGGCCAGCCAUGUGCACAGUGCCCUGCGCCUCCUGUCCAUACGGGCCCUAGGCAAUCUGGCCAUCGGGGCUCCCAGAAAGGUGAAGCACUACCGGAAACUGCUCCUCAAGAAGUUCCUCUGCUCCCUCAGUGACCCCAUCAGCAGCCAGGUGAUCUCAGAGACGAUGGUGGCGCUGACUAAGGUGCUGGGGCUGAUGGGUGAGGACGACCUGGGCACCUCCUUUGAGGUCAUCUCCAUGCAGUGCAGGGCCUUCUUUGAUGACGAGAACGAGGUGCUUCGCAUGCAUGCUGUCAUCCUGUUUGGGAAGCUUGCUGUCUGGGCUGGGAAGAAGAAGGACUUUUUUGCAACAGAGGUCAGGAAGGGCUGGAUCCCUCUGAUUGUCCACCUGGAGGACCCCUGCCCUGAAGUGGCCAAGGCCUGUGAAGCCGCCAUUUGCCUCUGCAUUCCUUUCUGGGGCUGGAGGAGGCUGCAGAUCACCUUGGAGAAGUUGGUCAACCAAGGCGCUGACCUGAGCCUCUUCCAGAUGGAGAUGUGCGGUUACCUGGCCAGGAAAGACCCGGUCCUCUUGGAUGCAUUCUGUGCAGAAGCCAUUGGUUACUAUGACAGCCAGUGGGCCAGGAUCAAGGUGGCUGCGUGCACCUUUACAGGGUACGUCCUGGAGCAGCUGGUCCCCCUGAACCUGGGGGAGAUGGACUUGGAGCGCCUGCGUCAAUAUCUCCAGGUGCUACAGACGGACCCUGAGCCCAUGGUCCAGAGUGCUGCGAAGGAGACUCUUUCUCUCCUCUGGGACAGGCAGCUAGAGGAGAGUGGGAAUUUGUCUGCUGCCCUGGUGGAGGAGCCGGCCCCCGCCGAGACAUAGCUGCUGGGCCCCUGCCC